AUGGCGACCACGGCGAUGAGCAAAUUCGCGAUGAUCUUCCUUCUCUUUGCGAUCUAUUGCGCUCUCGAUCCCUUCAAUCACUGCUCCAUUUCCCAGUUCCCGGACUUCCAGACUCACAAGAUUGACAUGCCUCCGUUAUCGGCGCUUCCCAAGGAGAGAGACCCCCACAAUCUGCUCCAGAACUCGGAGAUCAGGUUCGCAGACGAGGUUCAGGGACCCGAGAGCAUUGCUUUCGAUCCUCUUGGCCGUGGUCCGUACACCGGCGUCGCCGACGGCCGGAUUCUCUUCUGGGACGGCACUCGCUGGACCGACUUCGCUUAUACUUCCAACAAUCGGUCAGAGCUGUGUGAUAGAAAGCCAGGACUGUUGGAUUACCUAAAGGAUGAACACAUUUGUGGACGGCCUUUGGGUCUUCGGUUCGACAAGAGGACUGGGGAUUUGUACAUUGCAGAUGCGUAUUUCGGGAUUAUGAAAGUCGGACCUGAAGGAGGCUUGGCGACUUCGCUUACAACCGAGGCAGAUGGCGUGCCGUUGAGAUUCACCAAUGAUCUUGACGUGGAUGACGAAGGAAAUGUUUACUUUACAGAUAGCAGCUCUUUUUUCCAACGCAGGAAAUUCAUGCUUUUGAUCGUCUCCGGGGAAGACACAGGGAGGGUGUUGAAAUACAAUGCAAAGACAAAGGAGACGACCACUCUCUUGAGUAAUCUCCAGUUUCCUAAUGGCGUAUCUCUAGGCAAAGACGGCUCCUUUUUCUUAUUUUGUGAAGGAUCAAUUGGAAGAUUACGGAAAUACUGGUUGAAAGGGGAAAAAGCCGGAACAUCAGAAGUGGUAGCUCUGUUACAUGGGUUCCCAGACAAUAUCCGGACAAACAAAGCCGGUGAUUUCUGGGUGGCGAUCCACUGCCACCGCAACAUAUUCACGCACGUGAUGGCGCAUCACCCGACUGUGAGGAAGUUCUUUCUGAAGCUGCCAAUAACGGUCAAGUUUCAGUACUUGCUGCAGGUAGGAGGUUGGCCUCAUGCACUGGCUGUGAAGUACAGUGAAGAUGGGAAAGUGUUGAAGGUGUUGGAGGAUUAUCCAGGGAAAGUGGUCAAGGCAGUAAGUGAAGUGGAGGAGAAAGAUGGGAAGCUUUGGAUGGGAAGUGUAUUGAUGUCUUUCAUUGCUGUAUAUGACUUGGCUUAG